CGAAAAAAGGGGUUUUCCGUCGCAACAUGCCUUUUGACUUGAAGGAGCGAAAUAAUAUCUAACGUUUACUAGACCGAAGCUGUGGUUAUUGAAAACCCACAGAAACCCGAUUCGUCUGAAGCAGCGCUUUCUUUUCUCGUUUUAAGUUCAGCCUCCCAGUACAGGCUGUUACCUGCGUAACGGGGAGAGACCGAGAAAAAGGGGUUGUAAAACAGCUUGUUCUUCUGAAUCGCCGAACGCAGAAAAAAACACGCAAGCGACCAGGAGCAGGAAGGCAGCCUACUGAAGCACCUGAUUGGAAGUUGCUCAUUCAUCCCGAAUGGCGAUGAACAGGAAUGAGCGUGUCGUUCUCGGGAUGAUGGCCCUGCGUUUGCUGCCUCUCCUGGUCGUCCUAGCCGCUGCUGAAGUGUCCAGCCACGUGAGCCCAGCUGUCCCCAGUCUGACGUGCACGAACGAUUACAUCAACAAUAUAUCCUGUGAGUGGAGGAGCUCAGAAGCAUACAGCAAUACCUCCUGCAGAGUUCAUCUUGUAAGAAGGAGAAAGCAAUUCCAGUGCGAUCUCAUCGCAUCAGAUGAACCAACCGUUUGCAGUUGUAGCAUCCAGGUUACAAAAAAUGCAAAUACCCAGUCAUUUACAUCUGUAGAUGAAUGUGAUAUUGAGGUGAGGUGUGGUGACUCCAAAGAACCUGCUGCUAAAAUAAAGGACUUUAAACCUUCCGAAAAUGUGAGGAUGAGACCACCAGACGCACCAAUCAUUGUGAACUCCACUGUGUCCUGGGGUGCUGGUGAACGGGUUUCUCGGCUUAUAUACGAAUAUGAAUUUCAGAUCAAAUACAAACGUGCUGAUCAAACGUGGGAGGAGGCAGAGUCCAGGGUGGUUGUGAACAAGGAGAAUUCGACCCAGUUGAAUGAGAACAUGCUGGAGAAGGGUGCACUGUAUCAGGUCAAGGUCAGGGUCCGUCCAGCUGCAAAGGGUCCACUGAAAGGAGUGUGGAGCCACUGGAGUCCUGUCUCUGAGUGGACAUCCACUGUUGGCAUCGUCAAGCCCGCAGUAAAACGCGCCUACAACCCGGGCUCAAACGACAAGGAGAUCAUGGACAUCACUUUAGCAGUGGCGAUUCCAGCAGUGAUAGCAGUUUUCCUGACCAUCUGUAUUUGUGGAAUUUGGAGCCCUAAAUGGUCCUAUAAGUGCCUUCAUGUCCCCGAUCCCUCGAAGUACUUUGACCCUCUGAACUCUGUCCACGGAGGAAACUUCCAGAAAUGGCUGAGCCCCACUUUCUCCCCCGAAUCCUUUGACACCCUCAACUCGGAGCCCGUUUCGCCCGUGGAAGUGUUCGAGGCCAAGGACACCACCAGCCUCUUCAAGAAGGCCUACCCCAGCCUGCAGGAGCACUGGGACAGCAGCGGCCAGUCCUCCUGCUUCUCCAACAUGGGUUACUUCUACUCCAAGCACCCCAGCUCGUACGAGAUCGAGUCCUGCUCCGUCUACUUCAGCUACCAGCCGGCGGAGUUCGACAGCGAGGAAGGAGGCAGCGGCGACGGUGGGGACACCCCCAUUCAAACCAGCUCUUCCUACGAGCGGCUGGAUCCUUCCUCGCGCGAGCAAUCCGAUCCCGAGCAUCCCGAUUCGGGCUGCGGCAUGGAAAGAGGGGAAGAAGGCGACCAGGAGACGGAGGACGGGAGAGAGGGAGGAGAAGAAGCCAAUCCUUCGCUUUUGGGGCCCGGUUGUCCUCCGCCUCCUUUCAACCCAGCUUUUCUUCCUGCCUUCCCCCCUCCCUUUCGCCUGCCAGGAAGUCACCCCCAGCUCCUGGCUCACCCCCCAUUCCCCUUCCCCCUGCCUGGCUUCGACUUCCGAGCCUUCGGCAGCGGACAGGCGCUGGACAGUGCCCUUUCCAAAGCCUCUUCAGCUCUGAUCCAGCCCUCCGGAGGCGGCUAUCUGUCCGUGAAGGAUGUCCAGAACCGAUACUGCAACAAGUCCAUUUGAAACCAGGAAGCUUGGAAGGACAUUUCGGAUUCAAGUGCGGCGCGACGUCUUUUGUCCAACCCGACCCCCCCCCCCCAACCCUUCUUGUUUUGAUUGGUUCAAAUCCCAGCCGCGCGUAGUGGCGGCCAGGAUGACUCGCGGCCAAGCUAACUUGCGCAAGGGAAGGAAUGUAAAGCAAACUCGAACAUUGGCGAUCUCGGGGCACGAUCUCCCACACCGGAUCCUGGAGAGCCCUCGUGCCUUCUGGGUUUUGCCUGCUUUGCUUCAGGAACACCAAAGUAUAGGAUUAACCUGUCGAUUAUUAACUUGGUCUUGAGUCCCAGAUUGAUCAGGCCUAUUCAGUCACAGGAAUGGUCCAGGACCUUAUUGGUAGAACAGAAACCUGUAGGUCUGAGGUCACAGCAACUCACUGCACCUCAAACACAGUCAUGCACAUCCAAACAGAGAGGGUGUGCUAAGAAUGAAGUCUUACCGAUUUCUUUUUUUCAUGAUUACAUGUUUUCCAAGCUUGGUUUCUUUCGGGAGUAAUAAACACCAGUCCCUGCCAAAAUACAGGGGUGUAUCUGAUACUCCAAUUUUGAAUGAAAUCAAGCAUAUAGUGGGAAUUUUGGGGCAGGUGUUCACUUUUUGAGCAUAGGCUUGUACUUUUGCAGAGUUACGAGGCAGUGCCUUGUCUCCUUUUCCAAGCCACUGACUGGUUUAUGAAAAGGUACUUGCUGCAGGGGCUUAUUUCUAUUUCAGUUGAUUGUGUCGAUGACAUAGUCCAAGCCAGGACAAGUAGUAAGUGGACUCCCAGCAUUUAACCCCACGUUUCACAGCACCUGGUCUGUGGAUCUGCACCAGUCCCUGCUGUGACCUUAAGUAACAUUACCAAUAAAACUGUAUUCUUGUUCUGGACCAUAUUUUCACCUACACAGUCUUCAAAGGAUGAGAGCUGGUCUCUGGUGCAAAAAAAGGAUUGAGAAACUCUGAUUCAUCUACUCUCUCAAUAGGCACCAUCACUGGCAGAACCAGUCUCUACUCUGAGAGUAGGUGGGGAAUGAGAGUGUAUUCUGCCCUAAAGUGGACGCAGGAACGUCUCCUAAUCCCCAAAAUCUCUACUUCUCUCUAAAGGAAGCCCUUCUCUGCACAGACAGCACAACGAAGUGUGUACAAGCACAGGUCGCUGGUCCUGAUUCUCUGCUCAAGGUUUCUUGUGCCGAACAAAUAAAGGACUGCCUGAAGUUUCAGGUCAUGCUGUCUUGAAACAUCAUACACAGCAAUGUGCAGGGAGAAUGAUUGCCUACUCUUUGUGAAAUGGCUAAUGACGACAAUGAAACAGUGGUCUAAAGUGAUCUUUGCUGAUUUUGUUUCCCUUCUGGUAGCAGCUGUCAUUUAUAAACUGGCCAGAAUGGCGUGAGCAAAAAGACUGUGCCGUCACAUACCUGCAGAACAGAAAGUUCUGUACUCAGUGUUUCCAUUCUGUACUGCUUUAACCUGUCAAGGCCUGACAACACAAAUGCUUGACAACUGCACUUUUAAAGUUUCACCAGUUUUCCUCUACACUAUCGGUUUCACCAUGCGUUCUGCACUCCACAAAGAGAGCUGUAUGACAGCAGAUACUUACAAAGUGUGUGUGAGACACCCCUCUUCUGGUAAAUUAUGGUAUUGUCAUACUCUGCUGUGCAUUGCUGAAGAGAAUCAUGGGACAGGUGCAGACACGACAGGAACAGCAGAACAGUACAAACCUUCAUAAAGGGUACCACCGACAAAUGGUUUUGUCUCUUGCCCUUUUAGUAUUGAGGGGUCCAUUUUUAAUAGCCAUCGCUAGCUGACUGUGUAUUUAUUUCUUUAUUGUUAUCAUUAUUUUAUUUAGGAAGCAUGCCGAGGUCAUCAAACAAGACUACCUACCAAAUAUGGACACCAUCUUAUAAGCUAUUUUGUGUUCUGGCUGUCUGGAGAAUCUUCUUAGGCAGAGGCUUCUUCCAAGAACAGUACAACAAGCCAUUGAGCAAUCUUGCAUCUGACUAUUUACAGGAAGCCUCCUGACAUUUCUUUCACUCAACACUUAGCAAUUAUCCAGACCAGGGGCAGUGCGUACGAAAUGAAUGGGAUGCUGCUGCUGUUCACCAAGAAGAAAUAAACAGCAGGAUGUAGCAAGUACAGUUUUUUCAAGCGUUCAAAGUGCAGGACAAUUUGAGUCUCUAUGAAUUUUGUUAGACUUCACAUUGAGUUUGGGCCUUUCAUGCCAUCUGCUGGUCCAGCACAUUUCUAUACUGGUUGUAUGAGAAGAAAUACUGCUAUCUGGUCUCCAAUACUUUAAAAAAAAACUAAAGGCUAAUGCUUUGGUACCUCAGACUGUUAAUUUCUCCAAAGAACAAGUCUUCUGGCCUGGCUCUGACGCCGUUGUCUUGUUAUCUCGUGUCAGUGUUAUCACCAUAUCUCGACAGGUUCUCCUGUCUUUUUUUUUAUCGUUUUGUUUUAUGAGGCUUACUAGCUCCACUUUUGAGAAAGAAGAUUGGGCUCUCUUUUUUUUAAUGUGAGAAAGACUUUAUUGUGGUUGGCCCCGAAACCUGCAGUGCAAAGAAACCAAAAGUAAAAACAGUGCAGUCAAUGUCUAGGUAUCGCGUGUUUUUGUUUUUCAAAUGUAUAAUUUCGUUAUGAUUUCUAUUUCUGUUGAUUCAGUUGUUGUCUGGAUUUUUAAUCAUAUAUGACUGGCUUAGGCACUAGCAUCUUAGAAAGUGUUUAAAGUGCAUUUCUGUUUAGUGGCCAAAAACAAGGCUAGUAUAGUAUACAGUACGUUAUUUAUGAUUUCUGUAUAUUUUUACUGAUAUGAUUAAUAAUAAUGUUUGGUUGGUAUCGUUAAUAGCUCACCACCAAAUGUCAUUAAGUAGAAUUUGGAAUGAAGUGUUUGCUGUUACUUUUAUGUACCUAAGUACAUACAGUAUUACAAUAUUUGAAGCAAUCCCCAAGCACACACCUGGGUACACAAAAGUAACUACUGAGUCAACAAAAAAAACAUAAGAAGAUGUCUUUCCAAUGUAGGGGAAACCCAUGUAAUGUAGCUGUAGUCCGAUAUAAUGCUGUCACAGCAUCUUUCAGAUUGCUCUGGGUUUAAUGUUUUGUUAAUAAGUUUAAAGUUCAUAAAGUUUUGAAAAAAGGUGACAGAGCUUUGCUAACCUUCAGGGGCUUAUCAGGCAUUUAAAUUGAACAGAUUUUUGAGUGAUUGCAACAUUUUUCUGUAGCAGAUCUUAAUAGGAUGCCAUUCAAAGUGUUUUGCAAACGAGAGAAUUGGCUCUAAUUUGUUUAUUUGUGCAUCAAAUACACUAAAGCCAAUGCCCCUUCAUUGUGGUUAAGUAAAAUUGUAUUCAAUUUUUUCUUUGCAUAUCUCUGUUGUUUAUUAGGAGUAAAAUGAAUCAUUCAUAAUAGUGUUAAGAGUAAAAUUUGCUCUUUGGAAGGUUUACACUUCCUAUCAUGAAACAGGUAGAAAACAUUGAAUUGCAGUUGAAUGACAAAAUUCACUUCAGUUGUAACUUCUGGUGGAAACAAAAUCACUCCGAAAAUGACAUUUUUUCUAUUUGCAUGUACUUGUAUAAGAACAGAAAUAAAAACCAUGCUGCUAGUUUAAAUAUAAGGACUUGCUCACUGACAGCUGUAUUCGUAAUAAAGUAUUUUUAUUGAA